AUGAGUGAAGACUAUGGCAAUGAGAAGAACUUCAAGGUCACCAUCUAUGAUGAUAGUGCCUCUGAUGAGAUCACAGUGGGUGUCUUCAAAGAGGACAAAACAAGACUGACAAAAGGUCUAAAGCAAAGACACAUUCAGAUGAUUGCUCUUGUAGGAGUCAUUGGUACGGGUCUUUUCUUGUAUAGUGGCGGUGCACUUCAGUCGGCUGGUCCACUGGGUAUGCUUCUGGCAUAUUUAUUAGUAGGCACUAUUGUAGGAUUCAAUCAGAUUGCUGUGGCUGAAGUCAGUGCUUUCAUGCCCACUACUGGAUCCACUAUUCGCCAGCUUGAACAUUUCAUUGAUCCGGCUUUUGGAUUUGCAUUUGGUUAUCUUCAAUUUUGGUGGGCAGUCAUUCCUAGUGAAUUUGUUGCUGCUUCCGUGGUUGUUAGUUACUGGUCGGAUUUGAACCCGGCCAUUUGGCUAACUAUUUUCAUUGUUCUUGCCAUCCUCGCGAACAGCUGGUCCAUUCGAUUGUAUGGAGAGAUCGAGUUUUUCUUUGCCUGUCUCAAGAUUCUUCUUAUUCUAGGUCUUAUUCUUACAGGACUUAUUAUUGAUCUAGGUGGGGUCAAAGGACAGCCUAGAUUGGGUUUUCACUAUUGGAAACAUCCUGGUGUAUGGGCUGAGUUUAUGAAAACCGGUGCUGCUGGAAGAACAAUUGGAUUUUUCAGUGUCAUGAAUGGUGCUGUUUAUUCAUUUGGCGGUCUACAAACAGUUGCACUUCUGGCCGGUGAAACUCAGAACCCUAGAAGAAACAUUCCCAAAGCCGCAAAGCGGAUUCUGGCUCGUGUUCUUACUUUCUAUAUGCUGGCUCUUUUCAUCGUUUCCUUGAUUGUUCCUUAUGAUAAUCCAGAUAUUUCUAACGGAUCAGGAAAUGCAUCUGGUUCUCCUUUUGUUGUGGCUAUGAAGUUGGCUGGUAUUAAAGUUCUUCCUAGCAUUGUCAAUGCCAUGGUUCUAUGUUCUGCUUGGUCUGCUGCUAGUGGCUCUUUAGUUCAGGGAUCGCGUAUAUUGUUUUCUCUUGCUGCUAAUAACCAAGCUCCCAAGGUAUUCUUGAGAACCAAUAAGAGAGGGUUGCCAUGGGUCGGUUUAAUCGUCACCGGCUUAUUCCUUCCUCUGUCAUAUAUGAGUUUAAGUAGCUCCUCAUCAAAAGUUUUUGGCUACUUGGUUAAUGUGACGUCAUCUAUUAUCCUCAUUCAGUGGAUUCUCAUUGCAUCCAUCCAUUUCAAAAUGAACAAGGCCCUAGAUAUUCAGGGACACUCGCGACAUGAGUUGCCUUAUCAUUUCAAGGGAGGAAGAUACCUGGGAAUAAUUUCUGGAAUUGGAUCACUGCUUUUAUUACUAAUUGGCGGUUUUACAAUCUUCAUCUCCUGGAGCACUUCGCAAUUUGUCAGUGCUUAUGUGUCAAUUCCUUUGUUCCUGGCAUUUUCUCUAUUUUGGAAACUGUAUAAGAAAACCAAAUGGGUCGAAGCUGACAAGGUGGAUCUCAAAUCUUUAUUCCUGGAAAUUGAGAACAAUCCUGAACCAGAGGAGGUUCCUCUCAGGGGCUGGCAUAGACUUGAGUUCUUGUGGGCCUAG